GAAAGUGGGCGAGUUGGCAGUACCGCCGCGCUGUAUUACGAAGUUUCACUUUCAUAUUUGUUUUGGCCCCCACUCGAAACUAGUCAUUUACCAAAAAUGUUGGCCCCUCGCUGGAAUCUCCUUCUGCCCCGUCUGUCUUGGCUGCGCUGCUCCUCCACGACUGCACCGGGCCAGCAGCAGCAGCGUCAGGUGCCCACGGAAUCGGUUCACGAUCCGCUUCAGGCUCAUGCCUUAAAUGAGCAGUGCAUCCUGGUGGACGCAAACGAUCAGGCGAUUGGUUCUGCCUCCAAGGCUGACUGCCACAGGGUGCACCCGAAAACUUCGGAUGUUAAACUACAUCGCGCCUUUAGUGUUUUCCUGUUCAAUUCCCAGGGAGAGAUGCUAGUGCAGAAGCGUUCGUCUCACAAGAUUACCUUUCCGAACACUUACACCAAUGCCUGCUGCAGUCAUCCCCUUCACGAGAUUGAGCAGGAGCGCCAGGAGGACAACGCUUUGGGAAUUCGACUGGCCGCCCAGCGAAGGCUUAACUACGAACUGGGAAUUCCAACUGACGAGCUGCAACCGCAGGACUUUCGUUACCUGACUCGCAUUCACUAUGCGGACACCGGCGAUGGAGUGUGGGGCGAGCACGAGAUUGACUACAUCCUGUUUCUACAAAAGGACGUGACCCUGCGACCCAAUAGCAAUGAGGUCAGCGAAGUGCGCUACUUACGGCGCGAGAAGAUUGACGAGGCGGUGGCCAAGUUCAGUGCCCCGCUGACCCCCUGGUUUUCCCUCAUUCUGCAGCACCGCCUAAAACUGUGGUGGGACAAUUUACAUCGGCUGGAGCAGUUCGAGGACUUAAACAAUAUUCAACGCUUUUAAGUGUGCUAACCAACCAAAAAUAUACACGAUAUGACGUCUUAAA